AUGAAGAAGGGGCAGAGUGGUAGUCGAGUUGCUGGUGGAACAGAGAGUAAUUGGUGCAAAGCGGCUCGCGGCGGCACCGGCAUUGCGGUGCUGGCGUUGCUCAUAACUAAGCCCUUUGAUGUUAACCGUCUCCAGCAAGGACUCAACAAACUGCAAAAUUCCCAUCCUAUCCUCAAGACGAGGCUUGUCUACUGCAACUCUGGAAUAGAAGGUGGAGGGACAGGGAAAGAAACAGGCUUGUCAUUUCUCACUUCUCCCACUCCUUACGUCAAGAUCGAAUCGUACAGUCUCUCUGCCACUUCUAAGAUCAUCGGAGGAGAAGGAAACGACACCGUUUCUUCCCCGUUGCAAAAGAUCCUAGAGCAUGAGCUGAACCAGAACACAUGGCGCGAUUUGAAUACCACUGCCGAAGGCUCCGAUAUGUUUUUGGCGAGCAUGUAUGCGGUGAGUGAGACUACGUGGGUGGCAGCGAUGAGGUUGCACGUGGCGGCUUGUGACCGUACGACGGCGGUGACGCUGUUGAAGGAGCUUCUUCUGGUGAUGACGGAGGAGGAGGGUGAAAAAGAGGAAGAGAGUAAGAAUGGAGAUCCGGGUGGAGGGUUGGCUUUGGCGAUUGAGGAUCUUGUGCCUUGCGGGAUGGCGAAGAAGGCUAUUUGGACACAUGGCAUCGAUGUGCUUAGUUACUCGGUGAACUCUAUCAGACAAACGAAUCUGAAAUUUCAUGACACUAGAGGCAAGAGGUUUUCGCAAAUUGUGAGACUGCAACUAAACCAGCACGACACCAAGAGGGUUUUAGCUGGUUGCAAGCGUAACAGGAUUAAACUUUGCGGGGCAUUGACGGCUGCAGGAUUGAUAGCUGCGCACAGCUCAAAGAACAGCUCAAGAAAAUAUGGGGUCAUAACCUUCACCGACUGCCGAUCCAGCCUCGAUCCACCUCUCUCUUUUCACGACUUUGAGUUAUUAAUAGUUUUGGGUGCUGAGGAGAAAAGUGUUGCAGGGUUUUAUAACUCCGCAAUUAUCAACAACCACGUGAUGAAAGGAGGGGAAAGUCUAUGGGAGCUGGCGAAGAAGACAUAUGGAGCAUUUGCAACCUCCAAGAACAACAAGAAGCACUUCACAGACAUGGCUGACACGAACUUCCUCAUGUGCAAGGCCAUAGACAACCCCAGCCUAACCUCAUCUUCAGCUCUUAGAACCUCCAUCAUGUCGGUGUUCGAGGACGCGGUGGUGGAUGACAGCACCGAGAUGCAGCGCCAUGUUGGGGUGGAGGACUACAUGGGGUGUGCUUCGGUGCAUGGUGUGGGCCCCUCCAUGGGGAUCUUUGAUACCAUUAGAGAUGGAGGCUUGGAUUGUGUGUGCGUGUACCCUGCGCCAUUGCACUCCAGGGAACAGAUGCAAGACCUUGUUAACAAGAUGAAGGCUAUUCUUAUUGAAGCUGGCAAGACCUGCCAGCCAUAG